AUGGAUAGGUAUGAUAAGCUUGGAAUAGUUUUGAGAAUUGUAAUUGCAAUAAUGCCUUUUAUAAUAAAUGGAUGUCCAUUUAGAGAUUAUGAGUAGAGUUUAUUAAGUAAUAAAAAUCAAAUAUAAAUUUCAUCUGUUGAAUUAUUAAGUUCAUCAUAAUCAUUUAGCUUUUGGAGUUUUUGUAUUCCAUCUUGGGAUGUAAGUGUAUAUCCAGAAGUAGAAGAAUAAUUGGUUUCAGAUAAUAGAAAUUAAUAACUGUUAUUCAUAAUGAAAUCAGAAAAUGAUUAAUCUGUAAUAAUGUUUAUGUACGUUGAUUUUGUUUAAGGAUUAGAAAAUGGAGUUUUUCAUAGUAUUCAUAUAAAUACAGAGUAAUAAGACAAUAUAUACAAUUAUGAUUUUGAUUAAAGAAAUUAUGAAGGUACAUGGAUCUUAAGUAUGAUUACAAUUGAAUAAUAAUAAAUAAAAUUUUAAAGUUCAGAAUCUGUUAAUUAUUAUAAUUUAUAAGAAAGAAUUAAAAAUGAGAAUAAAGUAACUUUGAUAAUAGGAGGUACUGGAAUUGUAAUUAAUUAUAUAUAUGAUAAUAGGUUAUUAAUAAAUAUUCUCUAGGUAUAUUUAGAGGAAGAUUAUCAAAACUUAUAUAAUAGAACAUUGAACCAAAUAUUUAUUUUGAAUGGAUAUAUAAAAACUGUAGAGUGCCUAAAUUAAUAGAUGAGGAAUAGAUAGUUAUUUUGAUAGAAGAUGUAUUUACAUUUGAUGGAAAUACUUAAUUAAUAAAAGAAAUAGAUUAAAUAGGUAAUAGAUUCGAUUUUUCUGGUUGGGUUAAAUAUGAUUUUUAAGAAGCUAGUUACACAACUACUUAUUUAUUACUUAGACUUACAAUAUUUUAGAAUUAUGGUGAUGAAUUAAGAUUGGGAGAUGAACUUGUUAAAAUAACUGUUGAUUUAGAUCUUUAAAAUCCAUAGAAAUGUGGUUAUGAUGUAAUAUCACAUAUGUAUUCUACUCCAAUAUUUGGACCUGUGAAUUAAAAUUAUUAGUCAAGAUUUAAAUUUAGAGAUGAUGAUUCAUAUUAUUAUAAAUAAUUAAGAUAAUGGCACAUGGUAUAAUUUAAUUAUGAAUAAAACUAUGGAGCAAAAGUAUCUUUUAAAUUUAUAGCUUCCAAUAAUAUAAUUAAUGAACAGUUUUCAGAUAAAGAAGCACUGGGUUUAUUUACUAAUACAAAAUAUUAUGCAAUUAUUGGAAGUGAUCGUACUAUAUUAAAGAGGCUUAGAGGUUAAUUGGCAAAUGUGAAAUUUAGAUAUAAUUAUUUAACUAAUAAUGCAGAAUUAAUGUCACGUAUUUUUUAAAUUAAUUAAUUAGUAGGUUGUCAUUAUACUUGUAAUACAUGUGAUGGUCCAUUAUCAACUAAUUGUUUAGAAUGUUAUAAAUAAUAAUAUAGAAUAUUAUCUGAAGAUUUGAAAACAUGUUCAUGUUCAUUUGGUUAUAUUGAAUAAUUCGGUGAAUGUAAAUCUUACUUUCAGAUCUUUUCUUCAAUAUCUUUUUUAGAUAUAUCAAUAUAUUAGACAACUUAUAUAUGUGAUGUUGGAUAGUUCUUUUUGCCUACAAUCUAAUAAUGUCUAUCAUGGUAUAUAUUUAAAUUAAUAAAAAUCUAUUAAUAGUCCUUAAAAAAGCCAAACUCAUAUCUUAUGUGCAGAUUGUUUAUUAUAUCCAACUACUUGGUUUUUAAAACCCGUAUGUAAAUAAGAUUUAAUAGUUGA